CCCAUCGGCACACCUGUUGAGAUGGAAGCCUUAGAUGGACACGGGGGUGAAGGGCAGCAGCCACUAGAGAAGGGGACGGAUGGACCCUGCUUAGAGGGGAGCUCCAGCACCAUCCCCGCCAGAGACUCACUUGUGUGCCAGGCCAAGGGCCUGGACAAGGACACCUUCAAAAUUUGUAAAGAAUGUCUAAGGCCGCUGAAGAAGUUCCUGCGAAGGUUGCACCCGCCGAGGGACCUUCCCCAGGAGAAGAAGCUAAAGUACAUGAAGCAGAGCCUGGUGGUCCUAGGGGACCACAUCAACACCUUUCUGCAGCACUACUGCCGAGCCUGGGAAAUCAAGCACUGGAGGAAGAAGCUCUGGAGAUUUGUCUCCCUCUUCUCAGAACUGGAGGCGAAGCAGCUUUACAGGCUCUACAAGUAUACCAAGAACAGCCAGACGGCCAAGUUCCCGGUAGCCUUCUACCCUUUGGACAUCCCGGAGAGCUCCUUGCCUGCCAACAAGGAGGACAGUCUGCCCAAGCUCUGCACUGCCUGGGGGCUGCACAGUCACCUCAGUGCCAUGAAGGAGAGGCUGUCCAAGAUGCAUGCCCCGGGCCACCAGGUCUCCCUGCUCGGGGAGCUGAGAGCUGAGGGCCACAGCAGGAGAGGUUCUUUAAGGAAACUUCCUCAACAACCAAAACUCAAGAGAAAGAGGAUUAAGGAAGCCCCAGAAACUCCAGAGAGCUGCCCACAAGAAUACCCAGCUGGGGCAGAGGGCCGGCUCGCCCUGGAUCCCAGAGCACUUGUACCUGAGGGCAUGGGGGACCAAUGAGGGGAAAGAAGAAAUUGUCUCUGUCAAAAGGAUGCUCAGGUCUUAAUUAUGUAUAAAUGGGGCAAGGAAAUAAACAUCCUUAAUACAGUU